AUGCAUCGAUUAGUGCGAUGGCUCACUCUGGAACUUCAUUAUUUAUUAAAUGAGAAUGUAGGGCAUAUAUCUUAUGUGAUAACGAGGAUCUUGGAGCUCCUACCUCAGUACCACAUUAACUCUCCGGAGAUCAGGGAGGCGAUGCUCCGGUACUUCGGCGACAGGACCGACCAUUUUCACACGAGGAUAUCUACUAUGGUCAAUGAGGUCAUAUCGAGUUCCGAGUCGGAAGCGAGCACGGACUCUGACAUCGUUAUGGUGUCCAGCUCCGAGCCGGCGGAGCAGCCCCCGGGACCCUCCAGAGUGCCCGCGCCCGUCUAUCCUCAAAACUACAUUCCAGAGCCUACGACGAACAACGUCAUUCUUAUAGAGACCUUAUCGCAUACCGAUACAGAUGACGAUUCAUCGGAAGUUAUGGUUGUAGGAUACAUAAAACCACCUCAGGACAGGACUCCCGAAGUGGUCGAUUUACUCGGAUCGGAUAGCGACGUGAUCGUUCAGGAAAACGUACCGGAAACGUCCCAAAGCCACGACACGGAAAGUAGACCCUCCGGAUCACUAGUUAAAUUAAGUUUAAAGAGACACAAGCCUCCAGUGUCGGACUCCGAUAGCGAGAGCGACGGCGGCGUACCUCCGCCCUCCAAGCGCAAGCGGCGACAUCGCUCCAACGACACGGCCACCACCUCCGACACUUGCCGCACCACUCCCACGCCCACGACCAGCUUCCCCUCGCCGCCCCUAGCCGCACUCCGGCGCUUCCCCAGCCUGACCUCCACGUCCUCGAACUGCAGCGAGCCCAGCGCCUGGUCCAGCGGAGAGACGUACUGUUCCACAAACAAGAGAAAAAGAUUGCACAAGAAGAAGCCCAAGAAAAAAUGUAAAGAGGCCCCGGUUGAGAAGAGUAAGAAGAAACCCAAAAAGCACAAGAAUUCGAGUGAUUCAAACUCAAGUGCCAGCCCGCGCGGUGCGAAUGAUACUAGUGCGGUUAUUAAUUCUGUCGUAGCGAAUUCUAGCUCGUGUCAACGUUCUCACAAAUUGGAUGUGGGACGACGGACUGUGAUCACGCAAAGGUAUGAGCCCCAGUCUGCCGUCAAAUACGAUACAGACGGUACGUCGGAUUCGGAAGACGAUCUGCCCUUAAAUCUGACAGUGAAAAGGAGCGCCUGUUCUUGA